AUGGUCCUGGACCGUGAGUCCCAGGAUAGCGACUCAUCCUCCUCCUCCGAGGAUUCUGGAGAUGAGGACACGGAUUUUUCUGUGGGACAAGAGCAGCCGGAGUCCAGUUCCCAUGAAGAAAGUUCAGACGACGAGAGCGAAGGGGAGAUGGAGACGGAGAACGCACCAUCGGGAUGGAAUUCAAAGAAUGGAAAAAUCAUUUGGUCCCCCACAAAUUUGGAGACCCUCCGCUAUGUUCCAGCGCCGACAAAUAUCACCCCAGGUCCGACACACUACGCCGCGGCCCGAAUCAGGGACCCGGCAUCCAGCUUUUCACUUUUCCUGACGGAUGAAAUUGUGCAGCUCACCGUGGAUAUGACCAAUCUGCACGGGAGACGCUCCGUGGCCGACUGGCGAGAAAUGGACUGUGACGAAUUUCGAGCAUAUGUGGGGUUGCUAAUUUUGGCCGGCGUCUACAGAUCAAAAAAUGAAUCGUCACUCAGCCUCUGGGGAGAAAAAUACGGACGGGACAUUUUCCGGGCCACCAUGUCCCACAAGCGCUUCCACCAAAUCGGCGGGGCGCUCAGAUUUGACGAUAAGCUUUCCCGACCCCGACGCCGUGAGGACAAGCUGACCGCGUUCCGCAAAGUGUGGGAUAUGUGGACCUAUCAUCUGGAGCUGCUUUUCAACCCGGACAGAGACAUUUGCAUUGAUGAGCAGCUGGUGCCGUACCGAGGACGGUGCAGAUUCAAGCAAUAUAUCCCAAGCAAGCCUGCAAAGUACGGUUUGAAAAUAUGGGCCGUAUGCAAUGUCAAAACCUCCUACGCCUGGAGACUCCAGGUGUACACCGGCAAAGCUGGCGACCGCGCGGAGGUAAACCAGGGGAUGCGGGUGGCCCUGGAGCUAACAGAGGGGCUCCAGGGAAACGUGGUGACCUGUGACAAUUUUUUCACCUCCUUUGCCCUGGGAGAAGAGCUGCUGAGGAGGAAAAUUGCCCUGGUGGGCACGAUCAGGAAAAACAAGACGGAGCUUCCACCUCAAUUGCUCCAAACAAGACGAAGAGCGAUCUUCUCCUCAGUCUUCGCCUUCACUCUCACGCACACCAUCGUCUCCUACGUCCCUCGACGCGGCAAGAACGUGCUACUAAUGAGCACAAAACACCGCACACCCGGUGUGAGCGAGGGACAGAAGCGAAAGCCCGUAAUUAUUCAAGAUUAUAACAGGUGCAAAGGAGGUGUGGACAACCUCGACAAGGUUGUUGGAACCUAUUCCUGUAGAAGGAGAACAAAUCGUUGGCCAGUGGCCCUCUUUCAUAACCUGCUGGAUGUGUCCCUCUACAAUUCCUUCGUGCUGUGGACAACGAUUGACCCAGCCUGGAAACAGCCGAAAAAAUACAGGAGGAGGUUGUAUAUUGAAGAGGUGGCCGAAGCUUUGAUAAAACCACACAUAUCGAAGCGAGGACGCCUUCCCCGCUCCUCAAGUGCUGCAGAUGUUGUGACGGAUGCGCAGAGUGCCGCUGCAGGCCCCGCUGCAGGCCCCGCCCCAGGCCCCGCUCCAGGCCCCGCUCCAAUCCCUAAAACGAAGUGCAGGAAACAGUGCCAGUUAUGCACUGAUAAAAGGAGGCGCGUCGUCAGCACCUGCUGCAAAUGCAAAAAGCCGGCAUGUAAGGACCACUGUCUGUCCAUUUGCAGCCUCUGCUUCAAAUGA